AGUGUCAAAAAGUGUUUUGUGUUUUAAAUGUAAAAUUGAAUUAUUUUACUAUUCAGUGCUUUACUUUGAUGAAUUAUUAUCUGCUAAACGAUGAGUGACGGUGAUAAAACCAUGUACGGGACAACACUGUCCCUUGAAUCCAUCAAGGUGAUUGCGGAAAGCAUCGGCGUAGGUAGUUUGCCCGAUGACGCGGCCAAGGAGCUCGCCGACGAUGUUUCCUUCAAGUUGAAGCAGAUUGUCCAGGAUGCGGCAAAAUUUAUGCACCAUUCCAAACGGAUGAAGAUGUCGAUUGCCGAUAUCGACCACUCACUCAAAGUACGCAACAUUGAACCUCAGUAUGGGUUUGUUUCGCCAGAUUUCAUUCCAUUCCGUUUUGCUUCCGGAGGCGGCCGGGAGCUACACUUUAUCGAAGAAAAAGAAAUCGACCUGGCGGACGUAAUUCAAACACCUGCGCCGAAAAUUCCCCUCGAUAUAACGUUGAGGGCUCAUUGGCUGUGUGUGGAUGGUGUACAACCGACGAUUCCAGAGAAUCCUCCUCCUCUUUCGAAGGAUCUUCAAGCACUGGAUUCGGUCAAUCCUGUCAACAAGCUUGAUAGAGCGCAUAUGAAAGAUACAACUGGAAAGCCGGCCAUAAAAGCUCAGAAGCUGAAAAACGUAGAAACGGUUCACGUUAAACAGUUGGCCACCCACGAGUUGUCCGUGGAGCAGCAGCUGUAUUACAAGGAAAUAACGGAGGCUUGCGUAGGGUCGGAUGAGGCACGGCGAGCGGAAGCUCUCACAUCGUUGGCAUGUGACCCAGGGUUACACGAAAUGCUACCAAGAAUGUGCACAUUCAUUGCCGAGGGUGUGAAAGUAAACGUUGUACAAAACAAUCUAGCCCUUCUGAUUUAUCUGAUGCGAAUGGUACGGGCCCUUUUGGACAAUCCGGCGUUGUAUUUGGAGAAAUAUCUUCACGAACUGAUUCCAUCCGUUUCGACGUGUAUAGUUUCUAGGCAGUUGUGUAUGCGACCGGAAUUAGACAAUCAUUGGGCCCUCCGAGAUUUCGCUGCCCGUCUAAUGGCUCAGAUUUGCAAGAACUUCAACACUUCAACAAAUAAUCUGCAAACUCGCGUUACUAGAUUGUUCAGUUCUGCUUUGCAAAAUGAUAAAACACCCCUAUCUUCCCUGUACGGAGCAUUGGAAGGCUUGUCAGAGCUUGGCACUGAGGUGAUCAAGGUUUUCAUCAUCCCACGCUUGAAGUUCAUUUCCGAUCGAGUGGAAGUUCAUUUGCAAGGGUCCAAUAUCAGUGCAACGGACAAGAUUGCAGCUGGUCACAUUCGGGCGAUGUUGCAGAAAGCGUGCUCUCCAGUUUUGAAGACCCUUCGUAAUCCACCGGAUGUCGUUGAGGAAUACAAGAAAGAUUACGGAUUUCUUGGACCUACCUUACACCAGGGGGUCAUCAAAGCACGAACCGCACCUCCACCAACACCUGCUAGCACUAGUGCAAGUGCUUCAGCAGCUAAUGUUUCAAUUGUUACGACCACGUCCAGUACACCGGCUCGACCGCAAACGCCCCUCACCGGUGCAAGUAAAUCAGCUACACCGGUUACUCCAGGUCCUAUUCAGAGACAGUCUUCUCAGAGUGGACCGUCAACCGGAGGGCAGCAGCAAAAGUUUGUAAUCGUGAGUCAACGUCAGCAAACUCCUUCGCCAUCGCAAGAUGAUUUUGUAGGUAUCAUUCAGCAAAGCCAACGUUCCAGCGGAUCUGUGCAGCCAGGAUUAAUAAAAAUCGAGCCACAGUUGCCCAGUGCACAGAAAGUGCUUCUCAUCAAUCAAACCAGCGGGCAGCAGGGACCGACCGCCAACGUCAUCACUAAACCGCUAUUUGUUGGAGGCAGCAGUACUGGAAGUAUUAGUUCACAAGCUGCCCCACCUCCGGAGUUGGAUGACCUAUCGCAUCUGGCGUAGGAGGUAAGGUGCACAUUUCUGAAUGGUAGUUUUAAGUAAUUUGAUGGCAAAAUUUAUCAAGUUUAUUCUUGUAUUAGAAUAAAGGAUGGUCUAGG